AGCAUAUAUGUGCGCGAUUCUCAGGUGGCGAUGUAUCUUUGAGGAGUCGCUGCUAUGAUGAGUGGAAGCCGGAGUGGUGACCUGCCGUCGCAGUCUAUCGGUAGCCAUGAGUCGAACUCUGCCAUGCGACGGAGGAGGAAGAUGAAGGACCAGACUUGCUUUUGUGGGUUGAAGACGACAAUCAAGAAAUCCGGCACAAGAGAGAAUCCGGAUAGGUUGUUCCACACUUGUGCCAGAUACCCGAAGGAAAGUCACUGCAACUUCUUUAGGUGGGUUGAGGAAGAUGGGUAUGUAGCAGGGGCGGAAACUGAUGCAGAGGUUGGUGGGGACUAUGAUGAAUGGAGACUGAAUGUGUCAUGGAGAUUGGGUAGCUUGGAGGGUGAGGUUAGAGCAAUGAAGAUGCUGAUAAUGUUGCUGUCAGUUGCAGUGGUGGUGGCUACUGUAUUGUGUGUAUCACUGUUGGUCACAUUAAUCUCCAAGUAAAGCCACAAUUGGAGUGUUAUGUUCUUGUGUGUUAGAGGUGUUGUUAUAUCAGAGAAAUUGAAUUAGUUGAUAUGUAAUGAUGAUGUUAAUUAUGAAUGAAAGUAUGGUUUAAUUGUCUUUAAUUUAACAUAAACUUGUUGUUUAA